CGGUUCUUUCUGAAACAUUCGUACCUGACCAUAUCGGACAUUUCACUCAUCUCGGGCAAUAAGAAAGUCAUCCGUUAUCUUACUCGUGCAGCAUACUACAAAUGCCUGGAACUGCUUAAGGAAACAUCUUCUACACCAUUGUCUCUGGAGACGUUAUCCUUCAUCUCCGUGUCUUCGUUUAUAGGGCCCGAAAACGAUAGACGGCAGCGAGCGGAAAGGACACAGUUGCCGAAACUUUUCCAAG